CGCCACCCAUCGGUUGCCCAUUGCCCCAACGUUACCCUUUUCCCAUCCACGACUCUGCAAGAUUCUUGCAAGACACCUAGCCCGGUGACUUCGCCGUCGCGUACUACCUGAUACCGGCCGGUGCCAGCCCGGUUCUUGCUUCGAGUGUGGGCUUAUGGCGAAGGGCAGAGCUGCCACAGCGGCUGUGGUCCUCGCCCUCCUGGCCGUAGGUGCGCUCCUGUGCGCUCCGGCCGCGGCCGAGUUGCCCCGGCUGGAGCACCCGGCCAAGAACGACGGGUCGCUGAGCCUGCUCGUCGUCGGGGACUGGGGCCGCAAGGGGACGUACAACCAGUCCCGGGUCGCCGAGCAGAUGGGAAGGAUUGGGGAGAAGCUCAACAUCGACUUCGUCGUAUCCACCGGAGACAACUUCUACGAGACCGGCCUGACGGGCGUAGAUGACAAGGCGUUUGAGCAAUCGUUCACAGAUAUCUACACGGCAAAGAGCUUACACAAGCCCUGGUACCUUGUUCUGGGAAAUCAUGACUACAAGGGUAAUGCUCUAGCACAGCUUAGCCCAGUCCUGCGAAAGAUCGACAACAGAUUUAUUUGCAUGAGAUCAUUUAUCGUGAACGCAGAAAUUGUGGAUUUCUUCUUUGUUGACACCACUCCAUUUCAACUUGAGUAUUGGAUUCACCCUAAAGACGAUCAUUAUGACUGGAGAGGAGUAGCACCUCGAGAAAAAUACAUAACCAAUUUGCUGAAGGAUUUGGAUGAGGCAAUGAAGAAAUCAACUGCAAAGUGGAAGAUUGCUGUUGGCCAUCACACCAUGAGGAGUGUUAGUCACCAUGGUGACACCAAGGAGCUUCUGCAACUGCUCCUUCCUAUCCUCGAGGUCAACGGCAUCGACUUCUACAUCAAUGGGCAUGACCACUGCCUGGAACACAUCAGCAGCAGAGACAGUUCAAUCCAAUACUUCACAAGUGGAGGCGGUUCCAGAGCAUGGAGAGGAUUCUUCCAGCCAAAUGAAGAUAGACUCGAGUUCUUUUAUGAUGGGCAAGGGUUCAUGUCCCUCCAGCUACACCAGGGCCAAGCUGACUUCAUCUUUUACGACGUUGAUGGGAAUAUAUUGUACCAGUAUUCCCAGUGGAACUUGAGAAAAACAUACCUCAUCCAGCACCCCAGCUAUGUUGCCGAAGAAUGAGGCAGAUCCAAAUCACCAUUGGAGAAUUAGAUUGGUUCAGCUUUCUGUAUAAAAUUUGAAUGUGAUAUUGUGGUAAGCAGCAGCAGUGGUCAAGAAAGAAAAAAUGCUAGUAUUUAAGGUGGCGUGCGGUUUAUCUGCCAAAUAAACAUACAGUGCCUGUGAACUUUCUACUACUGGAGGAGCAGAGAUGUAGUGUUGCAAGGUCCAUUGUUUCUGAUUUCCGAUUCACAAUAUAUCAGCCACUGGGAACUACUUAUGCAAUAUAUACUUUUUUAGGAAAAAAGGAGAGGCGACUCUAGUAUCUAAGUAGUUAUCUCCACACACUAGCCUCAGGAUUCGACUGUAAGACUACUUUCUACAAAUUCCACAAAUAAAGGGCCAUGUCUCUGUGUUUGUAUGAGA